AUGAUUCUGCUUCUGAGUUUUUGGAUUGUUACAGGUCUCAUGGCAGAGGACCCAACAACAACAUAUUAUGGACUAAAAAACAGCUCAGUGUGUCUGAAUGUUAAGAAAUUGACAGAAUAUGAACAUGUCGAAUGGAAAUUUAACAAGACAAUUAUUGCUAAAGAUAGAAAAAUCAAUCCAAAAUACACAGACAGAGUGGUUUAUAGUGCUGGAAACCUCUCCCUGUGUAUUAAAAACCUGGCUGAUACAGACGCUGGCAUGUAUGAACUCUCACUCAGCCAUGACUUUAUUUCAGUGUCAGAGAAGCAUCAAGUCAUUGUUCAAGAUGUGGUUCCCAGACCUGUCAUUAUAAUGUCAAAGCUUGGCUCCAACCAGUCUGCUGGACUCUGCAGUAUCACAGUAAACUGCUCCAUCCAGGAUUAUUGGCUUUGGUCUGUUUGUGAUGAAGACGGCUGCAGAACAUCCCAGAAAUCAUUCAGUGAGGUCAACAUCACCAUCUUCACUGAGAACAGAGCUGUGGUCUGCAGAGGCAACAACCAUGUUAGCACAAAUAAAGCUUCUGAAAACUUAACACUGUUUAAAAGAUUAUUUUCAACAAAAUGGAAAUCCUACCAGGCUCCAACAAAUACUAUCCGCUCAAUACAAAGCCAGCCCAUUAGUACUCUGCCAUCAUCUCAGUCGAGAGCCUCUACUGUGUCUUCGUCAAGUGAUGCUGACCCUGCUUAUGAGAACGCAGACAUCCUUCAGUACAGCCAGACCAGCAGCUCAAGAGAGCAAAUUAACUCCAUGGCAAGCUACACAGCAGAUACCAUCUACACUCUUCCAGGAGUGAAAACCUCUUCUGCUGGCAACAACACACAAAAUACUUCAGAGACUGCCACAGUGGAGGAGGGACAACAACGGCUCACGCAGGUCGACACAGUUUACAGUGUGUUGCAGAAACAAAAAUCUGAAUGUAUAGCACCACCCAGAGGCCAAACUGGACUUUUGAACAGUGGGAAACAAAAGAAAAUGAGAGAACAAAAACAUUACAAGAAAAUGAACAUAUAUCCAGCAUAG